AUGACAUUUUUACAAGAGGAGGGUUCGAUAAUUCGUUUAAUACAGCAUACUAGGGUAUGUUAUAAUAGGUAUGUUAUGUUUAAACGUACACCGACGGACCCCCCUCUCCUGCAGCUGUGUAUAGGUUUGGUGUAUCUAUGCAUAUUAUUAUUCGAGUAAUAAUUUGUUUUCUAAAGAGGAACGACGAUAACCGCGUCGCCCCCUCCCCUUCCGGUUUUUCCAUUUGAUAGUAAUUGAUUAUUCAAGUAAAUCAAUAAAUACGUGUGAUCUAUAUAAUCGUACGAGUCUUUGAAGACAUAAUUAUUUUUGACGUAAAGAUAAUUGGAUCUCAGUUCAAAGACGAAGAAAUUAAAUUUAUUUUUCCGGAAGUUUUUCGAUUUUCAACAAUCGCACGCAUCUUAAAUGAUAAUAAUGCCACUCAGUACAAGGCUGUGACAGAACUAUUAUAGAUCACUUAGAGGACAUAAUAUUCGUCUAGAAAAUCUGAAUUUUGAAUCUCUAUUAAACCAUACAUUUUUCAAGCAUCAUAAGGUAAAAAAAAAAAAAUAAACCAUUUACAAUUGUCGUAUGCACGCGUUUCUGUGCAUCAAGUUAUAAUUUUGUUUUUAAAAUGUAAAAUGCUCUAACAUAAUAUACAUACCUGUAAUGUUUAACUGCAACUUCAAGGAUUAAUACAUAUUAUUCACACUAAAGUUUUCAUAGAAAUAAACUCACAAACAAAAACUUGAAAAAAAAUUAUUGGUAUUUUGUAGAUUUUGUAUUGUGUAAUUAUAAUUAUAAUUGUGUAAGAUUUCGUAUUAUUUAUACAUUUUAGCAGAUAAUAUUAACCCCUACAUGUGGAAAUCGGUAACAAAUCAAUUUUUUGUAUUCAUUAAUUACUGCUUAUCAGUUAUAUUAGGAAUCAUUAGAUAUAUAUCUAAAGAUUUUGAAAAUUGUAUUUUUGCUCCGCUAUAUUAAUAUUCUGAAACACUGAGCCUGCAGGGAAACUUAUUGCAUACUAAUAAUCCCUACCGCAGGAUAUUUGCUAUCCGGGUCAACGAGUUCUGAGUUUCCUAUCAAUAUAAUCUAAAUAUAAUAAAAGUAUCUUAGUAUAUAGCCAUAUAUGUGCCCGUAUAUUAGGUAAACACUUGUGACUAGAGUGCUUAUUUAAUACCUAUAGACUUAGUCUAGUCGAACCUAUUAGACUCGAAAAUUGAAUAAUAUCGUUGAAACGUGCUGCCUAUAUACGUAUGCCAUAUAGAAAACUACAACAAUUCCAUUUAUAGCAGUCCGUUAUUAAAAUAAUUAAUAAUAUUACAAUAAUUUGGGUAUUUUUUUUUUAUUUUUAAUCAGAUUUUUCGUGACAACUAACAAUCCAUGUAAUUAAUUAUUGUUUGCACAAUAUUUUUGUUGUAUUUACGGUAUUUCUGAGUAGUAAUUGCUGCGCAGUAUUCGUAAAAAAAAAAACGAUCAAUCAUUUAUCGUUUAAACAAUGUAUAAUAUUUUUAUGAACGACUACAUAAUCGACUAAUCGACUGUACAUUAAUUUUCGUCUAUGCCCUGAGUCAUACCCAAAUCCGCCAAAGGCUUCGUUGACAUCGCUAUAUACGUAAUAUGUAUAAUGCAUAGGUACUUACUGGUAUAUUCGUCGAAACGAACAUUGUACUAAGAAAUCACUUAUAAAAAAAUAUAUGUAAUAUAGUUUCUAUUACUUGAAGUCAACUAGGUAAGUGUUAGUUUCAAACACGAACGUAUGGAAUACCGAGGACCGAUAACUAACGUUGAUUUUAUUGUAACGGCACGUUAAAUAUACUGGAACAGUUAUGAUAUGUACCUAUAAUUUAUUCAGGGAAAAAAUAAACCGUCGCGCGACGAGUCAUGGGUGUAUUUUUGAACUGAAAUCGAUAAUCUUGAAAAAAUGAAAUGAAAAACGAAUGAUACAUAUGCAUGAAAAAAUGGUUAAGCAUAAAUAUGAUCACAGUGAACACUGUUUGUCACGUUUACGUUCAAUAUGCUCAAUUCCUCCUCACUAGGUUUAUAUCGUAGUUCUCUACAACUAUCGGCAUUCGGUAAUGCUAAUGAUGUUAGCCAAUUAGAAUUGGAGAACUGCGAUAUUUAAUAGGUGAAGGGAAAAAAUAUUUGAGCGGGAUGUGCGUAUUAAAACAAUGUGAUCAUAUCUAUUUUAUCAUUGUACACGUGUAUACUAAUAUGUAUAUAUGUAUGUAUGUAAUAAUAAUAAUAAAAAUAGUAAUAAGCAGGUGAGUUUAAAUAAUUGCUGUUACACUGUCAGAGUUAUUGCUGAAGAGAAUUCUCGAAUUAUAGUUUAAACAAAAAAUUCUAAAAAAAAAUUUUUUCCACACAGGUUCAAGGAUAAUCGGCCUUAUCCAUGGCCGGGAGACGUAUCGAGUUUCAUAUUGAAUCCCGAAAGUGCUAAUCAAACCAUAUACACGCUGAGUUUAACGUCGUCCGAUCAUGGAGUGUAUACGUGUCAGCUGGCCAACCAGACAAACACUGUAAAUCAUUCGAUAAAGCUCGUCACUCUUGGUUAGUAUGUCUGUUAAUAAUAUUAUAAUGUAUAUCUAUUAUUAUAUUUUGCAAUACGAAAAUGAAAAUUAAAAAAAAAUGGAUAAACAUACGGGGUCUGAUCAAAAAGUUCCGGAACUAUUUGGAUUUCGCGCCAACGGAGCGUCGAAAAACAAUAGUAUUGAUAUCACUAGCUUCUGUGACUUCUCUUGAGCACGUCUGUUUUUGUGGAUUGUCUAUAACCUUCUUUGUUUUGAUGUCAUCGAUGAUUUUGUAAAAUAUUUUUUUCGCAUUUGGGCGAUUUUGUAUUAAAUCCAAAAGAAGAGCUUUAUUUGCGAUGAGGGGGAGGAUUUUUCUUUUCAUUUUUUUUUGAUAGAACAUUGUUUAGUACAGUGAAAUGCAACGUUUCACAUGACUUGACUACAAACUUUAACUGAAAAACUACAGAUGUGCUGAGUUAAAGUUUUUCUCGAGAAUGUGGAGGAAGGUCCAAGUUCAAGUUUAUCAGGAAUUUUUUAGUACCUACGAUAAGUUACAACUUUUUGACAAUUUACCAUCACAAUAGUUAUUACUUGUAUCGUUUUAUUAUCAUCAAAAUGAAAAAAAAUCUUCUCCAACCAACUCCCCCCCCCCAAAAAAAAAGGCUCUUCUUUUGGAUUUAAUACAAAAUCGCCAAAAUAUUUUUAAAAAACAUCGGUUACAUCAAAACAAAGAAAGUUAUAGAGAAUCUACAAACACAGAUGUACUCAAGAGAAGUAGCAGAAUCUAGUGAUAUCAAUCUUACGGUUUUUGGCUCCGUUGGCGCAUAAUCCAAUAGACCCAGAACUUUUUGAACAGAUCUUGUACUUCACAUAUGGUUAUCAUACUCCGAAUUUAUGACUCACCAAUGUGCCACCACCACAACACACCAUCGCUGUGCGAUUUCGCCACUUCAUCUUCUCGUCACGCCACUUUAGUGUGCGUCGCGCCUUAAUUGUUUAUAUGUUGGUCUUAUAACCGGAUAUAGUUUGUUACACGUAAUUUAUGCCUUGGGGCGCGCCAAAUUGGCUCGUUGUUACAUAAACUGUAUUACGAUUAUAAACUUUUUUUUUUGCUGUACUCUGCCUAUAUAAUGAUAUAAUUAACUAUCUAGUACCUACUAAUAGAUAGCUAACUAGUUACAGUAGUUGGCUAACUGUCAUAAUAUAUCACACUAAUAACGCCGCAUUUGGUUAAACCUGCGCAACAACCAUUUAGCUCGAUGCUCACGGCCUUAUCAUAUUAUAUUUUAAUAUAUUAUGAUAACUGUACGAACCUGUAUUUUUAACGUUGUUACCACGCAUAAAAAUAUUUAUCAGACAGAUAUUCUCUUUUCGAAUUUGGUUUGAAGGCAUGGGUUUGAAAAUCAAAAGUCGAUGUUGUGUGUUUAUGAUAAUAUGGUGUAUAGGGUAAUAUGGGUGAAAGUUUAUGAUAUAUUCUUCGUAAAUUGAACGAAACUCGAAUCGAUUUUACUAAAAAUCUUUGUAGAUCAUCGGUGGAUUGUGAUAAAAAUAAACAAAAAAUCAGCGUGUACUUGAAAUGCAUGUUGAAAGUAAUUUAUUAUUUUAAUUUACCGGUAUAAUAAAACAAAAUAAAUAAAAAUAAAAUAGUUAAAAUAAUAAUAAUGAUCAUCUUCAUUUGCUAGUAGUAGAAAUGUUAAAUAGUAGAAUAGAUUAAUAAUGAAACUACUAGCUUUGCUGAGCACUAAGGUAAAACUUUUUAUCGUAGAGCAAGUUUUGAUGUUGAUUAAAGGAAUGUCAAUAUAUUUUAUCCUAAGAUUAUAAGAGUUGGUAUUAUUAUAUUUAAAUAACUUAGAUUUAUACUUAGACAUAUUGCUUGUUUUUUAUAAAGAUCUCCAAUAUUUAGUACCCGGUAUAGUUUCAAUAGUGCAUUUGAAGGAAAAGAUUUCGAUUUAUUUAAAAUAAUUUUUAUUAUGUUCUUUUGUGCUGUUGAUAAAUUAUAUUUUAAGGUAGAAUUACAGCUUCCCCGUGCGAUUAUUCCGUAGUGUAUUAGAUUUUGGACCAUUGCAAAGUAUGUUAUUUUAAGGUAGUUUUUAUUUAAUAUUUUUUUUGCAAUAAGGAAAAAGUGUGUUAGUUGUCUCAGUUUUAUUAUUAAAUUAUUACAUAGAAAUGUGAGUAUUCCAUUAUAGAUUUUGGUCAAUAAAUACUCUUAGGUGUUUAACGGAUGAGUGUAUAAUUUUGGACAUGAGCAUGACGCCGCGUUGUAAUUAUUUUUAUGUAUGGUCAAAUUAAUUUUAUUCGGCGCAUUUAUUAAAUCAUUAAUAAAAGCAACACAUUUGGAUUUAUCAAAAUUUAUAUUUAGUUUAUUAUUUGAAAACCAAUUAUCAAGUAGUGAAAUAUAAGAUUCGUUUAUUUUUGCAUAUUUAAUUCUCAAUUAGAACUAGAUACUAUAAUUGCAGUGUCCUCCACAUACGAGUAGAUUUUUCCGUUUAACGGAAGUCUACUUAGUGCAGUAAGUACAUAAUAUAUAAAAUUGGGGACACUACUGUACUCUGAAGGACUCUUCUAUUUAUAUUUCCUACUUCACUUAGGGUAUUAUCUAUUUUGACUUGUUGGGCCCUAUCUUCUAGAUACGAUUUAAAAACUGCAAGAGCUUACCCAGUGAUACCAAAAGAGUUUAAGCUAUCUAGUAGUAUUGUAUGUGAUAUGCUAUCGAAGGCUUUGCUGAGAUUUAGAAAUAUUUCAAUAGUUUUAUUAUGAUUAUCUAAAUUGUCAUAUAUAUCUUUAGUUAGGUUUGCUAGAGCAUCUCCCGUACCUAAAGCUUUUCUAAAACCAUACCAUGUGAGUUGGGUAACAAAUUAUUUUCUUCUAAAUAAUUUAUUUGUCUGGUUUUAAUAGUUUUUUCAAAUAUUUUAGAAAAUACAUUCAAUAAACUAAUUGACCUAAAAUUAUUUAUGUCAGUUUUUAAACCUUUACCUUUGUAUAUAGGCGAAACUAAUGCAUUUUUGAAGGAGUCUGGGAUAAUUCUUUCUUUUAGUAUUUGAUUAAAAAUUACAAAAUAUAUAUGUCCAUAAUACAUUGUAUUCCUCGGCAUUCCUCGACUGACAUCACAUUUUCAAAACAAAUAUGCACUAUAAUUAAUAUUAAUAUAAUAAAAGCGCGCAGGAGCAGGGUGGAAAAUGAUGAAGGCCGCGCGUUUUAUUGUAAUAAUAUUUUAGUGGUGCGUCAGCAAAAUAACACCUCUCUAUUCGAGGGAAAAAAAUAUUCGUUUCUGAAUAAACCGGUCGGGAUUAAUAACACACACACAAACACAUACAAUUAUAAUCGUAUACUAUCAUUAUACUUAUAUGCAUAUACCGACUAAUCGAAUUCUAGGUAACGUGAUUAUUAUCGUUGGUUUGUUUUUUUUUAACGAUGAUGUCGUUGUUUUACGGUUUUAUUUAGAUUUUAGUUGUGUCGCCGCGGCCGGUGUCCUAUUAUAAUUAAUAGGCGAUGAGUUAAUUAGAAUUAAGAAUUAUUUAACGAUUCUAUGAUGAUAAGAAAAAACGGAAAACAAAUUCACUUAAAAUCCUCUAAGAUAAUUGCUGGUUCAUGAUAAAAAAAUCACUCAUUAUAUAUAUUCAUUUUUAUGUCAAAAUGAGAAGAUAUUGAAACGAGUUGCGAGUAUCGUUGAAGUAAAUUUUAAUACAACAAAGAUUUUUCCGAGAACAUCCGUCUGAUAAUUUAUUCGAGAUUUAUUUGAACUAUACGUUUUUUCUACUUUCAAUUCCAACAAUUGAACAAACAAAUUAUUAUCUGCAGUGUAUUCGGUUUUUAAUGGGAAGAGAUAUGGAUUUUUUUGCAGGUGACGUCAUCGUGAAUAAGUAAUAUUUCAUGUAUUUUAUUGAAUAAUAUUCCCGUGAAAAUUAAAUAGGUAUAGGUAUAUUAAAUAAAACAUUGCUGCAAAUAUACCUAAAGGUAAUGCUUAGUAUAAAUACCAUGCUCCAAGCUGCUUAAAACCGCUCUCGUAAAAUCGUAAAACCACGAAUUUAUUACCACGACUGAGAAAGAUCAUAAUACGCAUAAGUACCAAAAUUCUACCACCGCGCUUGCAAAUUUAUACUUUAAUUAAUAUUUUAGUGCAACAAUAUUCGUAAUGCAGGUUAUUCCUCUUUUCUAUCUUCUGCAUUAUUAAUAAUUUUGUAAAUUCAUAAUGCCAAUAAGAAUUUUAACGUUCCAUAGAAUAUCUGUAAAGGUUUUUUUUUAGUAUUCUAUGAUUUUGUAUUAUACCAUGGGCGUGCUUAGAUGGGGGAGGAGUUAAGGGUUUUAACUAUCCCUUAAUAUAUAGUAUUACAAUAUUCAAUUAUUAUUCUAUGUAUUUCUACUUUCUUCAUUGUAGAUUCUGAGUUGUAGUGAAUAAUGUAUUGGUUUUACUAAGAUGUUUUUUUUUAUUUUUAUUUUUUUUUUUUACUGUGCACAAAAAUUCUACCAGAAAUAUUGCUCAGUUAUUUACGCAUGGCACCAUUUCUGAAAUAAAAUGUUAUCUAGAUGGUACUUUUAAGAGGUCAUUUUUCGAUUUUCCAAGCAGUUUUCAUUAUAUGUGGGAAAAACCAGUAUAAAACGUAAGAAAAACGGAAAAUUUACAAAACUAACACUUAUUAUUUUUCAAUUGUGUUAUUUGUUAUAAUUCAACUAAAAAUAUUCCUAAAGACUUAAAAUUUGGACAGACAACGUAUAUUCGCCUUUUUAAGACAUGGUAAGAUUUUCGAAUCAUUUAAGCCAUUUUUAAGCUUUUUAUAAAAAAUUUUAUAUUUUUAUUGAAAUUCGGUUAAAAAUAUUCGUAUCGAUUCUAUGGACAUAAAAUUUGUAUUGCCUUUUCAAAACGUAGUAAAAUGUUCUAAAAAUGUAAGCCAUUUUUGAGACAUUUAAAUUUUGCGAGUUUUUACGUAAUUUUUAUUCAGUAGGUACUCUGUGGUAAAAUGGUUAGGCUUAAGAAAUGCUUGAAAAUUUUACAGGAGGUUCAUUAAGAGUCUUACUUUUUGGUCAAAAAAUUUGAGUUUAAUAUAGUUUUUUUUUUUUUUAUAAAAGAACUUUAAUUUCAAAUUUUGACGAAAAUUGUUGAGUAAAAAAUGAUGUGGAAUAAAACUAAUUUUUCAUUUUUUUUUUUGAACAUAUGAAUUUUGCCGAUUUAAGAACUUUGGUGAAGUCAAAAUUAAGCUGACUGACUUUUUUUUUGAAAUUAUAGCUUUUUGAAGUUCUGAUAUUAUGUAGAUAUUAUGUCAUGUUAAUUGACUAAAUUGUCAUUUCUAUAGUGUGUUUGUCGUAGCAGAAUGGUAACAUACAUACCUAGUUUCUUCUUAGGGUUUGUGAGUUCAAACCCGUGUUUCGUAAAAAAUUGUUUGCACUUAUUUUUCCCUUUUAACUAAAUAGGGAAAAAACAAAUACAUUUUAAGUGUACCUAGAGACCUAGCUAUCGCUCGCUCGGACUAUUUUAAUCGACAAAUACCCCUUGAUUUGUUGUAUAAACUUUUCCACCAGAAAUCUUGCUCCGAUGUUUCAAGUGUAGUAUUUUUUCGAAAAGGACUUUAGGAAUUUUUUUUUUCAAGCUAAAUUUUAGUUGUAAAAUAAUUUUUUUAAUGAAUAAAACAAUAACUUAACAUUAUAACAUAAUAAUUUCGAAUUUUUUUUUAAAUUAUUGCUGCUGAUCACAAACUAAAAUACGAUCUCAGUUUGUAAACAACAUCAAAGUAUUCUCAGCUAGAGAGAAAGCGGACUAUGCUGGAGUAGUAUUUUUCUCUUACAUAUUCCGAAGAGCGAUUGCUUAUGUGAUGGCCUAUUCCAUGAACUUUAAGGACUGGCAACUGAUUAACUGCCAAUAAUUGUUAACUACUUAUUUUGUGUCACCUUUUAAAAUAAAAUCUACCAACAGCGCCACAAUGUAUUCACUGUCAAUAGCCAGCUAAGUUAAGCAUUAUUUAGAUAAAAAAGUUUAUUAAUAUAUUUAUCCCCUAAAUGUAUUUUUACCGGGGACGUUUAUUCACCUCCUCGGUAGGUUAUUUCGUGAAUGUUUUUACCACGUAUGCACGUAAGAAACCAAAUAGUUUAUUUAUUAUAUAUACUAUGAUAGUUUUUUGUGGAGAGAGGGAUUGGGAACGUUAAAAUUGAAUAUCGUAAAAUUAUACUGAGUAUACUGCCAAUCCUGCUAUCGGAUUUAAAGUGGGACUAAAGGUAUUACGGAAAUAUUAAAGGCAUUUCGCCGUAGUUUAUUUAUUAAAACAAUACUACGGAGCAUAACCUAAUCGACUUAACAGUAUCAAGUUUAAAUAAUUUCGGAUGCCAUUGUAUUUAAAGCAUAGUCGAAACAAUAAUAAAUAAUACUUCGCUAAAAUAACCGGCAGGGAAGCCAUCUCUAAAUAAGAAAUGUGUUGCGCGUGUAUUUUCAAUAAUAAAACAAAAAAAAACUUAAUUGUUAUAAUAUUAUUAUUGCAAAACUGUUUGUCUAUCAUAAGCAUUAUGCUUAUGAAAAUUUCUUCACCUUUUUAAACUAGUCUAAUAACAAAUAAUAAUCCAAAAAAAUGUAUUGCAAUAUUUUUUUACUUUUUUUAACAUUGUUUGUUUAACACUUCAUUUUCGUUAAAACAAAAGCACUUUUUUGUACACUGUGUAGGUUGUUUAAGAACUUAAUUUUUGAGCGCAUCAAUGUGUCAAAAAUGGUUUAUUGUUGUGUACAGAUAUAAAUUAUGUAACUUAAUCCUAACUUUCCACAUACAACAGUAGCUCACACAUCAGCAGUAUCAGUUUUUGUUUUAGUGACCUAGUUAAAAAUUUGUUUUUAUUUUUUUUAAUUCUACAUCGCAUACAUAUAUUACAUACAAUAUAAUUGCCAAUAUUGAUAAUUAUUGCAAACAUUUUUUUCACCGGAAAAAUUCUCUAUUAUACAUACAUAACAUUUUACAUUUUUUUGCGUGUGGUCAGGCCGCAUAGUUUGUAUUUCAAUAAAAUAAAAAUUAUACACGAGUUACCUACGUUGGAAAUAUUUUGUUAAUAUGAAAAUAGAAUAUAUAAUAUUUACGCAGUUAUUUAAAGUGUACUAAAUGAAUACAACGAUAAUUUCUCGAGUUUUCAAAAAAAAAAAAAUGCCUAAUGUAAAUUAUCAAUUUUUUUUUUAAGAGGUUUAUUGUAAUUUGUAUUUGUGUGAUAAAAAAAGUCAAUCAUCUUUUUUGAAAGAAAAUAUUGUUAUAUUGACUAGAUCGUACUUUAAGAAGGUCAUUUUUGAUUUUCCAAGCAGUUUUCAUAAUAUCAGGAAAACUCAGGAUAACCGUGAAAAAACGGAAAAAUUUAUGAAAAUAAUGCUUUUAUUAUUUCAAAUUUUGUUUUUUAUGUAAUUCAGUUAAAAAUAUUCAUACUUAUUCGUAGAUUGAAAUUUGGACAGAAAACUUAUAUUUGUCUUUUCUUGAAGUUGCCAAAAUGUUGCGCAAUUUAUAGACAUUUUAAUUUUGCGAGUUUUGUACGUAAUUUUUAUUCGGUAAAUGCUCUGUAGAUAAAAUUGCUGGACCAAACAGAAAUACUUGAGAAUUUAACAUGAAGUCCAUUAAAAGUCGUACUUUAAUUUGUGGUAAAAUACAAGUUUUAAGCAAAGACUAAUUGGCUUAUAAGCUUUAAAUAUUCAUCGAAAUGACAACAUUAACAUAGAAAAUAUUGUUGAUCAAACCGCUUGCAAAACGCUGCUUAAAAAAAAAGUAUUUUGGACUUGGUCAUCUAACUUUUAUUAUUAUUAUUAUUUUUGUAAUUUUUACUAUCAUUAUUUUAACUGUUAUUUAUUCAAUGUGAAAAAAAUAAAUUUAACUUUUAAAUUGUACUGUUUUACUGCAUUUGUACAAUAUAUCUGUUGUCUUCUAAGUUAGCAUAAGUUGAAAUGGCAUCAGAUAUACAUUUUUUAAGUUUUUGUUGACCAAAGCGGUGGCAUUCAAGGGUAAAAAUAAAGUAUGUAAUAAAUAAAAAAAUAAGUAAAUAAUAUAUACCACAGUUGAAUAAAUGAAUAUACAUAGGAAUAAAAUCAAAAUGAAAACAAUUAUAAAAAAGACGUUCUAGGAUAAUGGAGACGGGUGCAGCCACUGCUAUAGAUAAUUUAAUGUUAAGCAAUAAAAAACCAUUGCUUACGAUAAAACGAUUCUGAGAGAUGUUUAGUUGAUAUUGAUGCUUUGUCAACAAUAUAUAUGUUAUUUUAAAGUAAAAUAAUUAAAUAGGCUUUAUAUAUUUUCCUUAAUAAUAUUUGUUUCGUGUAUUACCGAUUUUCCCAGUUUUUCCAGGUUUCCCCAUGUUUUAUCCCGCUUUUUCACAUUUACUGGGAAAACUCUUGAAAAAAUCGAAAAAUUACCUCUCUAAAAAACUUAGCUAUUGAAAUUUCUUUUUAGAAAAAUUGCUAUCAUUAAAAGUUGAAGCAAAAGUACUGGUAGAAAAUUGUUCGCUGCCCUUUCUCCGUUGAAUUGAUCCGAAGACACCCCUAAGCAAUACUGUUAAUCGAGUUUCGUUCUGAAUCGUUUUUUGUUGGAAAUACUUAAAUUUACUUAGAUACAGAUAUAUAUUAAGUUUCCCUCAAUAUUCUACCUUCCUAACUUCUUAUCUAUAUCAGUGGUCCACCUAUCGUGCAAAAUGUGUCAUUUUUUUUUUAUUAAUCAUUAAUAUCAAAUUUAAUUAUUUUGCCCCCUCAAUAAUCAAGUUCUGGAAACGAUUACUAUAUAGUAGGUUAUUAUGUAUUUUUGGCAAUCUGUUCGAUUUUCAUUUUGGAUUCUGAGUAUAGCGGUUUUACAAAGAUGUUAUUUUUUUUUUUUUUUAUACUGUGUACAAAUAUUUUAUCAGAAAUCUUGCUCUGAUGUAUACAUGUGGUGGCACCAUUUUUGAAAGUGAAUGUCGUCCAGAUGGUCCUUUUAAGAAGUCAUUUUUUGAUUUUCGUAAUAAGUGGGAAAAACUAGGAUAAAACUAAGAGAAACGGGAAAUUUAUGAAAAUAGUGCUUUUAUUUUUUUUAAAUUUUGUUAUUUAUUGUGAUUCAGUUCAAAAUAUUCGGAGAGACUUGAAAUUAGGAUAAAAAACUUAUAUUCGCCUUUUUUUAGAUGUGAUAAAAUUUUCAAAACAUUUAAGCCAUCUUUGAACUAUUUAUAAACAUUUAAAUUUUGCGAGUUUUGAACGUAAUUUAUAUUCAGUACGUAGUCUGUGGUAAAAUUGUUAGGCUUAACAGAAAUACCUAGAAAUUUAAUAGGAGGUUCAUUAAGAGUCUUAGUGGUAAAAAAAUAAAAUGUGUUUAAUGUAGUAUUUUUUUUUAUGAAGGAAUUUUCAUAUAAAAUUUUGACGGAAAUCGUUUGAGUAAAAAAUUAUGUGGAACAAAUUUAAUUUUUAAAUUUUGUUUUAUGAACAUAUAAUUAUUGUCGAUUUAAGAACGAUGGUUAAGUCAGAAUUUUCGAAAUUAUAGCUUUUUGAAGUGCCGAUAUUAUGCGGAUGUAAUAUGUCAUGUUAAAUAAUUCUAUAUUGUCUAUUUUUAGGUUAUACAUACCUAGUUUCAUACUAGGGGUCAAGAGAUCAAACCAUGUAAUGUUUGCACUCUUUUUUCUCUUUCACCUAAACAGGGAAAAACAAAUGUCUUUUGGGUGUACCUAGCUAGGGUCUUGUUUUCUCAACAAAUGUGGAAAACCGAAACUGAGGAAAAACCGGAAAAUCUGUACAAUAUUAUACAAAUAUUAUUAAAAAAAAUAUAUAAUGUCUAUUUAACUAUUUUACCAUAAUAAAACACAUAUAUUGUUAACAAGGCAUCACUAUUAACUGAACUGCGCUUAGAAUCGUUUUUUUGUUAGCAAUGUUUUAUCGUUGCUUACAGAUAUACAUUAAAUUAUCUAUAGCAGUGGCUGCACCCAUUUCCAUUAUCUUAGGAUGUCUUUUUUUUAUUAUAAUUCCGUUAAAAUUGCCUGUACCUCUUAAAUAUAUAUUAUUUAUCGAUAAUAAUUUUAUUAUUAACAGUCUAUAGUGGCUCCACUGUGUGACAUUGAAAACUGACAAAAAUAACACUCAAAUUGAAAUAUUUUUUCAUGUUAUUAUAAUAAAUAAUUUUUAAAGAAGUUCAUCUUGCAUUUAAAACUGGUUUCAAAUACGCAGUGAAGCCUUAAUUGACCUAUAGUUGCAGUACUCGAAACAUUAGUCCCUUGUUCAUCAUAAUAAUCUAAUAACUUAUUCGCAUCAUCUGCUGACAACUGUAAACGCAUGUACUUCUCCUGGUACCAUUUUCUGGAUUUUUAAUAUAAAUUUGGUAAUUCUGCUUGGAAGAUCAAAAGCUUUAUAGAAGCUAUACAAGGUAUAGCUCUUAUAAAGUUUACAAAGCUCUUAUAAACUUUAUACAACGUUUUUAAUUUUCUUGAAUCUUUAAGGAAGUAAUUUUUUGCAAAUUUCUCGCCCAUUUUCUGAAAAGGAAGAAAAAUGACAAAUCAAACACCUCUUGAUUCGCACAGAAUAAGCAAUAAUAUUACCAAUUUUUGAAAUUUUCAUGUAUUUUGUUAUGGCUUCUAUUUGAUCGUUUACCGAUAUAAAAUGUUCGAAACAUUUUAAAUAAAUAACUCAAGUCUUAAAAAGUUUUUGAACCACAUCUAGAAAGGGCUGAUAUUAAUAUUCGGUUGAAGUUUAAGGUUUAUAUGAUUUAAUGAUUAUUUUUAAUGAAUCGCAAAAAAAAAACAAAAUUAAAAAGAACCUUAAUUUUUUUUUCUGAAAUAUUUCUGUUUUUCAGAUGUUUUUCCUUAAUUCGCUAUCAAAUACCACAUAACCAUAUCAUAUGGUUUAAUUAAGAAUCCUAGUCGAAAUGUUAUUAACAAGUAGAAAAGAAAAAUACUACAAAAUUUAAAACUAAUUUUCCCCUUCUUUUGAUUUCAACUGCCCUGUGUGACAACCAAAUCAAAUAAUAUAAUAAUAUGCCUUAAGUGUCGCAAAAAUGUUAAGAAAAAAAUUUGAUAAUAUAUCCAAAUAAAAAUGUAAAUGUUCGAAUAUUAUCCUUUCGUCUACAUUCUAUUAUCAUUUAAAAUAGAACAGACGGUGAUAGUAGAACACUGAGUCAAAAAAAAAAAAAAAAAAAAACGUCAAAACUUUGUAUUUUAUAGUGAUGCAUCUGCGUCAGUAUCAAACUUCCAUACAAUACACUGUUAUAUAAUAUGUAAUAUAUCCCAGCGAGUUAACGGAGUAAAGUUUUUUUUUGGUUUAUUCGGAAAAACUUUAAACUUUAGUGACAGCAGUAUAUAUAAUAUACAUACGCCAUGUACGAUUUGACUUGUUCAAAUAAAACUGCCGAGCAGACAAAUUUAAUAAUUUAUAACAAUUUUAUUUUCAUCUCGAAGAGCAAAAAAAAAAAUGGUACCGUAUGAUGCCCGAUUCCAUUUAAAUCCUUUAUUUAUAAAUACAUAAUGUGUAUUACAGUCGGACUUGGUUAAUUUGAAGUUGAAGAGACUGGCAGAGAAGUUCGAGUUGUCCAAGAAUCCGAGAUAUCGAAUUUCCAUUUUAUUUUUGUUCAUCUUAAUGCUGACAUCACGAAUGAAUAUCUUAAAAUUGUAAACAUGUCCCGUUGAAACGUAACGAAGCAUUAAAGUGUAUAAUAUGGAUAACGUAUAUUUUCAUUUAUAUGCUGAGAUAUAUAGUAAUGUUCUCUUUUGAAACAGGGUAUACCUAUGUAGGUUGUAAACAAUAUGAUUUUAAAUGAAAUCAUAUUUUACAUUCACUAUCUUUUUUUUUUUUUUAGCGAGGGUAUAUAAGGCUCACUUAAGAAAUAACGACCUAUUUUCUUCAUAGCACACCUUGCGAAAAAAAUCAUGUGCAUGCCUAUGCGAGAAUAAUUGUGUAUAUUUAUACGAAUCACAUAAAAUGUUUUGAGUGGAGAAAUAAAUAAUUUAUAAAGAGGAAAUCGAAAAUCAAAUAAUAAACUGUUAAAUUAAAUUAUUUUAAUAUGGUGCUAAUAAUUAUAAUAAUUUGGGAUAAAUUAAUAAAGUAACGCGAUUAUACAUUUUGUGAACGCAAAAAGCCUAAUACAUUUUUAAUGAAUUUCUAGGGAUGUUACAUUACUCACCAUUUAUUUCGUAACAUUGUGUGGCUCUGUAUUAUAUUCAGGAAACGUUUGGAUUAUUUUAUUUCAUCUAGUCGUUCGAAGGUUACUAAUAUAUCCGGGAUUUGAGACUUUACCGAAUAUAUGGGCGUUGACUUUAGCUCAGUAUGCCUUUCACGAUGAGUAAGCUUCUAAAUCGCAUCAGAUUAUCUUUUAUAAGAACGCUCUGUUUUUUUAUUUUGUUAUUAAAAUGCUGUUGCCUCUCUAGACGUUUAGAUAUUAUUUUUUAAUAUAAUUAUAAAAUAAUAUUGUCCUCGCGAAGCUAUACGUCCUUUAACAUUUAAAGGUAAUUGGUUAUAUAAUUCAAACAAAUAUAUAUAAAAUAAUGGCAUUUUUUUAUUUUUCUUCUUUUUUUUUUUCGUUAACUUUGUUUUAAAUGAUUUUCUGGUUAGGUGAAACAUAAAAUAAUAAUAAUAUCUUCCUAUAGUAAAGUCAAUUCAAUUUUUUUUUCAAAGUUCGAAGUUUUUGAACCAUUAUUGCAUUGUAUAAAAUAUUAUCUGGUCGUAUUUUGAAACUAAAAAAAAAAAUACUGAUCAUGUUGGCUACAAUAAUUGAAGGGGACACUUAAAACGCUUAUAAAAAACUACUGCAUUUUGCUUGAUCUAUUUUUUACCAGUUACUUAGUGCCAGUUGCGAGUAUUGCAAAUAUCUCAGGGGCCUUUUAUAUUUAAAAAUUUCGCUCCUGUAAAUAUUUUUAUUGACAUUCAUACGAUAAUGCCGUUAGACAGCCUAUUGACUAUAUAUCGUUUAUUUUACAAAUCACUCAAAAAAAAUUCAACUAAUUACUACUCCAUAGAUAUCUAAUACCGUAAUUCCUACACUUAACUUUGCUUCUUUAAAUGACGUCCCUGAUUUCUCGUGUGCUUUAGGAGAGGCUAAAAAAUAUCCGAAAAUAUUUCAUCCAAAAAUAAAAAAUAAAUUUAUUAUGAAAGUAUUUAAUUAGAAGUAUUGUUUUGAACUCCUAUUGAACCUCGUAUUAAAUGUACAUACGUUUCUGUUAGAUCAAAUGAUAUUAUUACCAUGAGACCAAAAAAAUAAACAAAAUAUUCGUUAAUUUAAAAUGUUUAUAAAUAGCUCAAAAGUCGCUAGAAUAUUUUGAAAAAUUGACACGCCUAGAAAAAAAAUAAUAUGGUAUUCAGUAAAAAUCAGGUCUUUAAGAUUAUUUUUUAACCUGCAAGUAACAACAAAAAUCAAAAUAGAAAACAAUAAGAAAUUGAUAUUGCCAUAAACCGCCCUUUUUUUUUUUAGUUUUCCUCAAUUGUUAUGAAAACUGUAUUAAAAAUCCAAAUGAUCUCAAUGUACCAACUAGAUUAAAAAUUCUAAAAAAAUGUUUUGUAUCUUUUCUUGAUUGAACCAAGAUUUCUUGUAGAAAAGUUGUUCACUAACAGAAAAAAAGUACACAUCCUUCCAGUGCCUCUUAAAAAACCAAGACAACAUCUAUGAUGCUAAAAUCAUAAAAAAGGUACGAUAUCUCCAAUAAAAACUUAUCCGUUAAAAAAGAACCAUAUUUCCAAAUAGAUGAUAAUAUGAGAACUCAGAAGACACGAAAAAAAGUUCCAGAACUUUCCCAAAAAAGUCAGCUUAUCAAAAUAGUUAAAAUAGUUAUGUGUGUAUUGUACCCGAGUUUGUUUUUUAGGCAUCGUUCAGAAACUGUUGAUGUCACUGCCCAAAUAUUAAGAAACACAAAUAAAAGAGCAGUUUUUCUCAUUAAAGUAGGAAUGAAGUAAGGUUCUGGACGAAACAACAGACUUGGCCAUAAUUUAGAUUCAUAUAAUAUAGAUUUAGACUACUUCAAUAGGCUGACUUUUUUCUGGAGGAGGUCUGGGAAUUGGGCUUUUUUUCAUUUUUGUUAGGGAAUAUGCCUUGCGUUAUUAAAUUCUAAGCGAAUUUAAAGAAAACAUUCCGCUCAAUGACACUAGCUGUGCAUAUAGAAAAUAUUUUAUUUCUAAGAAACUUUGUUCGAAUAGGGUAAUUUGAUAAAGUCGUACACGUGGGACGAGAACAGUAUAUUGGUGGAGAACUUUGGUUGACAAAUUAUUAUUCUGUUUCUUAGAAUGUAUCCCGACGAUUCUCGUAACUCUUGUAUAUUUAUUACCGGGAAUGUAAAAAUUCGGUGUAAUUGAAUUUGUUUUAUUUUUUUUGUUUUAAUUUUCAACGGAGUCGCGGAAUCGGAAAUUAUGAAUUCGUUAUUAUAACUUAUUAGUAUUUUUUUUAACAAAAUCAAUAUAUUCACGAUUUGUUUUAUAACAAAAUAUAUUUAUACAUAUUUUGGUUUUGACGUUAAAAAAUUAUUUUCCGAUUCGAUUUUCCGAAUGAUUUUCAUAAUAAUUGGAAAAAAAAAAACUGGAAAAAACGUAAAACAAAAACGAACACAUUUACGACGUCAACAAUUUCAUUAUUUACAAUUUUUUCGAUUUAGUUUUCUUACCAGAAAUCUUAUUUUGAAGUUCAAAUGUAGCAGGGUUUCUAAGAGAAAAUGUAGUUUAGUUAAAUUCCAAAAAACCAAGAAACCAAAAAAAAUAGAGCUGACUACUAGAGACGAGUGCCACCACUGUUGUAGGUGGGUAGUUUGAAAGUUGAGAUACUUAAAAUUAUUUAAUUUAUAUCUGUAACCAACGAUAAACCAUUUCUAACAGAAAAUACUAUUCAGAGCGAAAUGUGAACAAAAUUAAAAACAAUGAAAACGGUAUACCCUAGGUACGCCGUAUAUAUUUGCCGUUUUGUCUAUAUUUUUUUUAUUUUGAAGAACCAUUAAUUUAGACCCUUUUUUUUUGAGAGUGAAUUCGGCUACAUACUUUUAAUUUUCAAGUAGCAACAUACAUUAAAAAAAACGGAAUAUUAGUUUAAAUACAUUUUAAUACUAACACAUUUUUCGAUUUCAAUCAACUCUACGAUAAAAGAGCUAAGUCAUUAAUGAGAUGGCGUUAGAGAAACGCGAAUUAAGACGAAAUUAAAAGAUUAAAUAUCUCGUAAAUAUAGAGAGAGGAAUAUCUGUGAUAAAGGUAAUCAGAUAGAGAAAUAGAUAUUCGAGAGACUGCGAAAAGUAAAUUAGGGCAAUCGAAAAUAAUAUAUAGUGUUGGUAAAUCAAAGAAAACUACUUUUAGUCCAGGUUAACGUGAUUCGAUUUUAUAUCAUAAAAUUACUAAAAAUAAAAGCUGGUGCCAUUGUUCUAGUUGGAUUUAGAUACUAUUCUAAGCAAAGUUACACGAGUUUUAUUUGAAAUUCUACAAUUUGUAUUAAGUGUGUCAACACUUAAAUUUAAAUUAAAUAUAUAAAAAAAAAUUACAUUACGAUACGAUGAACUUUGUUUUUUGGUCACUAAACACAAAUUAAUUUUGAAUCUUGUGUAAAAUUACAAUAAAAAAAAACAAUACUAAAAAUAAUAAAUCUUUUAUUGUUGUAAAUUUAGUGGUUUAAUUAUUAUGAAAAUUGUUUAGAAAAUCAAAAAAUUAUCUCGUCUUUGCAGCAACUAAAUUUAAAUUGCUACUCGUGUCAUAUUUUGAUUGGAGAAAGAUUUAUGGUAGAAAAGUAGCUCAUGGAUUGGAAUAUAAAAUCGCACACAUAAUUGACCAAUAAAUUCCCCUUACUUCGUUCAGAAUCUAAAUAAAUAUAGUUUUAUAUUUGUAUUUUGAUUAAUGAUUAUGAAUGUACUAUUUCGGUAUUAGAUUUGUAAAUCCUUUAAUCUUAACCAAUACCUUGCAAAUCAUCGUCAUUGAGUGUUUUAUAUUAGUGUCUACUUUUUUUCGGGAUUUAUCAACAACUUAUAUUUCAUUUUAUCUCAGUGUGUGACGUGUGAUUGAGUCACGAGAUAAGUUCGCAAAGACCACUGUCCCAGACGGAACAAUAUUGAAAUAUUUGAAAUUAUAUUCUAUGAUUUUUUUUUUUCUUUUACUGAUCGGGCGUACUAAGAAAGAACUGACCUCUUUUCCCAAACAUCAUAGUGGAAUAGAAUAAAAAAAAGUAUAUAUACCUUAUAUUUUUGAAAUUUAUAAUUUCAUAUCUAUUUUGAUUUUUGAAUAACUUUUUACGCUUUUUACACAAAUAUAAUAUCUAUUAUCUAUUAUUAUUUUAAAAUCAUUAUUCAUUAUUGUGUUUUAUUGUAUCUUAUUGUUGUAUUUAGAUGUUCCGUCGUAUUGGGGAGAACCUUUAUCUACGUACCAGAUGCCCAAAACGCAGUACGCAGAACCCGAAGAUUCGGUCAGAUUAUACUGCGAGGGUUUUGUAGGUAAAUUGAGUUAUUCGGAAAAGAAUUAUGUUUAUAAAUAAUUUUUCCGUUAGUAUAAAAUUUUAAACGAAUUUCGAAAUGUGUUUGUUCAUAUAGGUAAUGUUGACCUUCCGGAUGCUGUUAACAAGAUAACGUGGAAGAAAAUCGGUGGAAAUCAAACGAUAGAGUCCAACGAGAAUUACAGAAUUGAAAAAAUCAUUAGGUAUGGUCAAAAUAAAUUAUUUAUGAAAAAAACAAAAAUAUAUUUUCUUUGCGUUUUAUUCUUAUCGUUAUUAUUUUUAUUUUCGCAGAGAAGAUAACCAAGUUCUGGGAGAAAUCCUAUUUAUAAAACAUAUUAAAGAAAUGGACUUCGGGCAGUAUAUGUGUUCCAUUAGUAAUUCUGAUGACCAAAUGUUGCAACAAUUUAUAAACAUUACAAAACCGGGUAAGUUUUCUUUUUUUCCAAUAGUUUUGUGCUUGACUUAACUUGACAUUACGAUAUGUAAUUAUUCUCAUCGUUCUAUAUAAUAUUAACAUUUCCCAUCGAAUUUAUAACUAAUUAUCCGCAUAUUUGUAAAUAUUGUGUACGUUAUACUCGAUUUGAAAAUUAUGGCGAUAUUAUAAUCCUUGUAUAGCGAUAAGAUACAAAUACAUUUUUUUUUUUAUUUUCGGAAAAAACUUUUGGUUAGUACAAAUUUUCAGAAUUUUUUCAUACAGUUCCUUAAAAAUAAGGAAUUUCUACCCGAUACUUAACAAUAAACAUAUAUUUGAAAUAGAUCCUAUUUUUGAAAAAUUAUUAUUUAAGUAUGGGUACAGAUAGAAUUAUAGUUUUAAAUAACAAUAUAUUACGAAAUUUAAAAUCAAUAAUUACCUAAUUUUUACUCGAGUGCACGCGAAAAAAUUGGGAACUAUAGUCUGUAAUUAUUAUUGUCGACCAAAUAAUUUUAUUAUGGUGUGCCGAUUUUUAAUACCUAUCUAUUCAAAAUGAUUUAAAUUGAGUUUUAUACAUAAAUAUAAUAAUAAUGAUAAAUUAUUUAUAUCAGUGCCGUAGCCAGGAGGCACUAAGGGCACGUGUCCUCCACCUCAAAAAUGUUUCUACCUAUUGUACUAGUAUAUAUCAGAGAUUUCAAAUCCGUGACACACGUCUCCAUGCCUUUAUUGGGAUGAGCGUCGAAUGGCGUAUCGUGUUCUGCACUGACUAAGAUCAGUCAUUCAAUCACGUACCGAGACCGUAAGGCGGCCAGAGUACGUGGAUUUAGUGUAGGUUCUGUUUGAAGAUACAGCGUAUUAUGAAUAAAUAAAACCACGUUUUAUUUUUUUAUGGUAAUCAGGUAAUUUAUUAAUUAUGAGAGAAAAACAACGAAUGUAAGUUGGACGAAGGAAUGAAAGCCUCACCAAAUGAACAUAAAAAUAUAUAUGUAAUUACAAAAAGGUCCCAACCUCUAAUUCCAUGGGCUCGCGGCGUCAGACCUUUUAGAUGCGCAGGGUUUCGUCAAAGGGCGGGUUCUGGUCCACCCCAGGCAAUUGUGUGUUACAUUAGUAGGUACAAUUAAAAUUGUUUUUUUUUUAUUUAUUCAUGGUAUAAUUUAAGCGUAACGAUAAUUAUACAAAAAAACCUGAUCAAGUUGAAAUUCAACAUAUAAUAUACUUAGAGGAAAGUGGAGCUAGUUGAUAUAAAGAUAAUUUGUUCCAUUUAAAUUUAAAAAAAAGUAUCGGUGGUAACACUGCGUAAUCAAACUGGUGAUAAGAUAAACAUAUAUUACCUCAAUAUUUUCUGUUUCUGUUAUCGUAAUCAAUAUAAUGAUUUUAGUGAUAAUCGUACCUAAAACCUACAUUUCAUGAUUUAUAUCGAAUCAAAUAAAAUAAAUUGUUUUAAAGGUUAGUUCUUUUAUGUUUAUUUAAUUGGUUGUUUAGCUUUUGACGUACAAUUUCAUCAUAUAAUGAGUGAUUUAAAACAAGUUGAUAAAGUGAUAAGAUAAGUUAUACUAACAAGUGUUCGUUAAGGCUAGUUGUUGCAUUUAUAUCGGGGCACGUUUUUACUGAUAAAUCAUCAGUAUAAAAAGUUUUUUUUUUGUACAAUUUAAAAUUGAUGUUAUUUAAUAUUUAUUCUUGAUCAUUUAUUUGGAUUAAACAAUUUAUCAAUUAUACAAUUUUUGUGUAAAUCCAAAUUUUGAGAAAAUAUUUAUAUUUAACAGUAUUUAAAUUGGUAUGUAAUGUUGUUUAUAAUGAUACAACCUUACAAAAUAAAAAAAUAAAAAAUAGUUUUAUUAUUUAAUUUUGUUUAAUAAUAUUAAAUUUAUAAUUUUAAAAUAUUGUAACAAAUUUCCCUCUGUUUGUGUCAUCAUACCCCACCCGAGAACAAUUUGUUACAAAAUAAGUUUGUGAGUUUAACUUAAAUUUUUGGAAAAACUAUUUAUUUGUAAAAAAUAAUUUUCAUAAACAAAUUAUGCUUGUUAUGUUACUAAUGGGUCAUUUAAUUUUCAGAAAAAUAUAAUUAAAUUAAUGAGUUAAAAAUAAUUGUUUGAAUUUUAUAUUAACUAGCCCCACCCUCCUCUACAAGUCUAUUUAUCCAUGCCUCCAUACCAUUCCCGUGUUGUUGGGGUCUCGGGAGGAAUUUACGAAAUGCUUACUCCGUGGCUGAGGGGGGGGGGAGUUUGACAGAGAAUCAAUUUAAAUAUAAAAUAAAAAUAUAAACCUAAACUAAAAAAAAAAAUCGAUGCGCAGGCCUUUUGUUUUAAAAACUUCGUGAUCACGGGCACGGGAAGACGGGUAUAAUUUUUUUUGAUCACCGGCGAUGAUUGGCACUGUUUUAAUUGCGCAUAUACGGUGAUUGCGCGAACGUCCGUUGUCGUCUGUCGAUGGUUGUCCGCGUGUUUUAGUGAUUAUGAGCCGGCCACUAUAUAAUGAACGCGGUUGGAUUUCUCACGCGGAGUAUUCGGUAUAAAUCGAUGUGCUAGUCCACUAAAAUGUAACAAAUAUUCGACAAAAUAGACAGAAUAUCAUCAAAUGGGAGUGCGUAAAUAAAGCCGAAAAUAUUUUAACCGACAAAUAUUUUGUCAGAACCGUAUAUUCGAGCCGGCACUCCGAUUAAGGAUAAUAUAGAUAUAGACACAGUCUUAGAAGAUGAGGUCAGAUUACGUUCUCACCACCAGUCCACUGCCAAAGUUCCGUUUAUCUGUCAGCUUAAAUACUACCGGCUAAAAUACUCGCAAAAUAUUUAUCGGCUAAAAUGUGGGUUUGGCUGAAAUACAUAUUAUUAUUAAUAGUGAAAAAGUCAUUAAUUUGAAUAACUGUAUGAGUAAAAAUGCCUUUUUUGGUAUGGAUAUCUAAUUUUAGUAUACAAAUGUUUUUACAUAAUAUUUGAGUACAUAUAUUCUAUGAGAGAAAAUAUAUAGUACAAUCAAAUUUAGAGAAAAGCUACUGUUCAGUUUUGAGUAAGGUGCGGGAAGGGUGUGUGUUUAAUAUGAUAACAUACCUAUAUAUUUUGUAAUGCCAUGUGUAGGGUUAUACAAAUCCGAACCGCAAUAAUCCGAAAUCUUAUGUUCCGGAACACAAUAAUCCGAAACGAGAAAUUCCAAACCGCAAAAAUCCGUGUAAUAUUCCAGACAAAUGUUUAUGGUUCCUAGAAUAAAAUACUAGUAGUUAGUAAUAAUAUUCGAUGCUUAUGAUGGUUUAUGGUUUUUUUUUUUUUUACCAUAGAUAAUAAUAAUCUCUAUGUAAUGUGACAAACGUCACAGACGCCGUUAGGAAAUUCGAAAAAGUAAAAUGGGCAAAAAAAUCGGGGAAAGUAAACGCUUCGGAUCUAAGGAAGUUAAGAAAAGAGAAAAUACCAGCGGAAUAAAUGUGGCGUAUCAGUGAAAAGACUAAAGGUUACCGUAUUAGGAACGUUAAGAAAUCUUAAGAAGUUAUUUUGUCAAAGGACAAAAGAUAAUUUGGGAAAAUAUAUAUGUAUAUAUAUAUAUAUCUUCAUCUCCCUUCUUCUAAUCUAACCGGUGUUAUAGGCAAUACUCCCAAACAUUGUUACUCCAUUAGUAAAAAUGUUCAUGGAAUCAGAUUUUGCUUGCCUAAACGGCAAAUCUUACUCCCGUUUAUUUUUAAUCCUCCAGUUGUAUUGGUCGUAUUUUAUGUCCAUUGUUACAAAAUAGAAGAGCAUCAUUCAAAAGCCACGCCCCAUGCCACCACAUAAAUAAUUAACUAAUAAAUGAUCUUACCCAAACUUAAUAGUAAAAUUUCUCGACAAUGAAUUGACAAAAAUUAAAAUGUCAAUGCUACAAUGCAUUAAAUUAAUACUCGAUCUAUUUAUGGAAUUUUUAAUAUAAUUUGAUAAUCAAAAAUAGGUAGUGGUUUAACCUUCAAAAGUACAGGUAACAAAAUGUAAUAUUAAAGAAUUUUUUUAUUAAAUAAAUAAGUGUCUCAUCGAAAAUUUGAUCGUAUCAUGAUAUAUGAAUAACCCUGAUUAUUAAUUAUUGUAUGGUAAUAAAAAAUAUGAGGGCUUAUAAAAUAUCAAGUUAAAAUAUCAGACCACGAGAAGUGAACGGGAAUCGUGUUUCAUUUUCACACAUAAUGCAUAUAGGUAGAUACCUAAUUAAAUAAUAAUGAUAAUUUAAUAGUUGGUUACCAUUAUAGUAUAAUAUUAUUGAAAAACAAUUACUAAACAUUUUCAGGAAAUAAGAAUUUUCAUAGAAUGUUACUCCGCCGACCAAUAUAACUGGUGCAUUAAAAAUAAACGGGUGUAAGAUUUGCAGGUUAGUUCGGGAAAAUCUAAUUCCCCGAAUUAAAAUAUUUCGGGAUAAAGAAACAAUGUAAUAUUAAUAUUAUUCAAUCAAUAUGAAUGCGAAUUAAUGAACCGAAAAACUAUUAUAAUGUUCAGAAAAGUGAAUAAGUUUUGCAUGACGUUGUCAUUCUUGUUAUUGUGGUAAUACCCGUAAUCCUUAACUUUGUGUUAAUGUCAUAAGGUGUACAAUGUCGAUGAAUGAUUAUUUUAUUUUAGAUUUUCUUUAAAUUUUUAAAACGAACGGAGGAAAUUGUGUUUUAGACAACUUGUCAUAGUAUACAACAACAUAUAAUUAAGUAAACCAGAAUACAAUGUUAAUUAAUGAUAAAAUAAAUUAAAAUAUAGUUGUAGUAAAUAUUAUAAUAUUAUAUUAAAGACGUUAUUGAAAACUACAAAUUUAUCAUUCAAUAACAAAAUAACGUUUCAGACUUUAUAUUAUUUUACAACAACCCGAAAAUUAAAUAUUAAAAUAUGACAAUGUAUUGGCCUUGGCGAUGUAAAAAAUGUUUAAUUACUGAAUGCAAUUUCAAGUAGCUGUUAUUUAUUAUUUCUUAGAAAAUACAUUUUUCGUUUAGUAAAAAUACUCUAGUUUUGUCAUAUCUCAAAAGAUGCGUAUUGUCCGUUUGAUAGAACUUUAUUUGUACGAUUUUUUGGAGAUUCCUCGCAGCUUUUUCUAAACGACAAUACAGACUGUCCCACGAAGAUAUACCCUUUGAAUAUCUCCAGAGAUAAUAGAGAUAAUCAAACUCUGUUUUUUUUUCAUAUUACUCACAGGAAAGAGAACUACAAAUAUUUAAUAAACAUUUAUAUUUUUUAAUUUUUUUUUAACAAAAAAAACAAUUCAAAGGGUAUAACUUCGUAGGGCAGCCUGUAUAUCACUUUUAUUUUUGAGUUACCUUGGAUACAAAAGAGACCAAUACAAGACUAUUAAUUCUUUAAUUUUAUGAUUCAGCGAUAUCAGAAUAUAUAAAUACUUUUAAUCUGAAUAAAACCUAAAAAAUAAUAAAUUUACAUGUUAAAUAUAAUCGCAAUGCAAACUGUUAAUAGUGAAGUGGAAUUAAUUCCUACCUACUAUCAAGUAUAGGUAUUGGGUACACUAAAAAAAGCAUAGUACCUAUUUUCAAUAGAUUUCAAAACUUCAAAAGAAUCAACAUUCAUUAACUUCUCAUGUAUAAUCUAUUAUAUUCUAUGGACUUGCACUCUGCAGGUCUAUUAGUCCUAAUCACAGAUAGAUAAAACAACUAGACAGCUGACUAUGUGUAUCAUGCUAUACAAACCGAUGAAACUGGCCGCCAUAUGCCAACAGGGCAAUGUUUACGUUUGAAAUGUAGUGAUAAUAACGAUAACAAACCAAUAAUGGUUCCGAUAACGGAUUGCUUGUUUUGUUCGUUUCAUAUAAUAAUAUCCUCAUAUUAGGUAGUAAGUACUAUAAUUAAUAUUAUAAUAUAAUUAUAUUUAUUAUACUACUAUAAUUAAUAUAAUAUAAUUAUAUUUAUAUAAAACAAUAAUGGUGUCAUGUUCUGUUCAUAGAUGUGUGAACAAGAGAUAAAAAAAAUGGUAAAAUUCACUUUUACACGUAUAAAAAAAUCAAAACCCGUAAUAUUUUUAUGUUAUAAAAAUGGUUUUUAUUUUUGGUUUUCCUUUGAAGGAUAAUAUUAGAAAUGUAUAAUGGCCCAAAGUGUGCCAAAAAGGAUUCAUUUCUAUAAAAUUGAGUGUCCUUUGUAGUAAAUAUCUUUUACUAUUAGACUUUAAAACUAACUUAGGAUGAAAUUACAGGUUGUAUUUAAAAGAUUCAGCGAUUCCAUCUAUUUCCCCUAGCUCAACAUUUGAAAAAAUACAUCUUAAAUGUAAUAAACUUGAAACAGUUGAAACACGUUUAGAUCUUUCAACUGUUACUAAAAAUAAUUUUAAAUCUCCGAUGAAAAAUGAUUCCCUAACAAAUGUUGAUACAAUAUCUGUGUUGUCUACUCCAUCUAAAAAUCAAUUAUUUUCUUUCACAAAAUGUAAACGUAUUGAACCAGAUACACUAAGGAAAUUACAGUUAAAAAAAUAAUUUAAUUAUUAAAACAAAGUCUCUCACGUAAAAAUAAUAAAAUAAAAAACUUUAAAGAUUAUUGAUAAAUCUACAUUCAAAGGGAUUACUUGGGGACCAAUGUGAAAGUUUAUAAAGCGAUAAGUUUAAUAGUACCUAUGUCAAAAGUUUUCUUAAUGAAUUUAGAAAUAAAGGUUAAAAGUCAAUUCGCUGCCACUAUUAUUUGCCUAGAGCACUUAAGUAUUGCAGGUGAUAGCUUUAUUAGCUUUAUAGUUUUAUCUUUAAUAAUAUAUUAUUACCAGGACUAGGAUUUGCAACAGCAUGUUUUUUUUGUGACAUCUGAUUAUUGAUUUUGUCAGUAAUUUUCACGAAUCACCUCAUGAUGAGAUAAGUGGCGGUGUUUUUAUUUUGCAUGUUUUUGCAUAUUUCGAUUAUAAGAAUGCGAAAAAUGCAUGUUUCACGGUAUAUUUCGUAAUUAAUAUUUCAUAUUUAAUUCUAGCCCUGCUGAUUAAUGUAUAAAACUUGAUUUUUUGUCAAACAUAAAUUUUAUUUUUAUAAAUACGAUUCUAUGGUACAAUAGGUAUGCGUAUGUAUAAAAGAUUGAAUAGUUUGACGGAGAAAGACUUCAUAAAAGUCUACAGAUUAUAAUAAAUGCUAGGAAUCGACUUCUUGAGUGCAACGGAAGAGUCGCAGAUAAAGUUAAAAACAAAAUAUCUCUGGUUUUACAAAAAAAUAAAGGAUUUAAAACUCUAUAAUCAAUAAAUAGAAUAUUAAAUGGCGAAUCGUAAUAAUUUAUUACCAAUAUAUAUAUAUUUAAGACUUUCAAGUCUAUUCGUAAUUGGACAUCUAUUAUAAUUAGGGAACCAGUUAAAAACAUUGUUUACUUACUAAUAUCAUUCAGUCGAAUGAAGCAUAUCCAGCCUAUUACUUUUGAUCGAUACAUUUUCAUUUUUUCAAAUAUUUUACAAAACUCCUUAAAAUCUCGUGUAUGGGGAUUGCUUGUGAAUAAUUCAAUCUUGUAAAAUAUUUAUAUUGAUGUUUUUGUUAUCAGUAUGUAUAACAAAUACAUAAAGAUACGAUGUAUAAUGUAUAAUAUUAUAACAGGUAGGUACCAAAGUUAUUCUAUAAUAUAUAUAUAUAUAUAUAUAAAUAAUAAAUUAUGUUUAGUAUUUUACUUUUUCGGGGAAAAACGCCUUUGGAUAUAAAAUAGGUAAUAUACAAUUCCACUCCUAAAAAUUAUUGGCCCAUCUGGAUAAAAAGUCCCGGCGCCAAUACUGCGUAACAUAAUCGAUAAUAUUUAUAAUAACGUACGACUAAAGUUUAUUAUAUCUGAAAAUGGUUUGAUCAAAUAUGACUAUUAUAUUAAAUUGUAAACUAAGCUUAAUAUAAUAUUAUAGAAAAUCGUUAAUAUAUAUAUUAAUCUCUAUGUAUACAUAUUUAUAUAUAGUAUAUAAUAUUUGGAUAGUUAUUUGCGUUAAUUAAACUUUCCGAAAGGAACAACAUUGCACCGUAUAAUAUAAUAAUAUUAUACGUACAUAGUACGAUAAACAUAAUGAUGUCAUCAUUAAUAAUUUAAUACUAGAAAUAGUUUUGGUUUACCGAACAAUCAGGAAAUGCAAAUUAUUUGAUUUAAUUAUAAUAUUACACACGAUAAUAUUGUAUGUAUAUUGUACAUAUAUAUAUAUUUUAGAUUAUAAGUAAAGCGAGGAAUAUAUUAGUUUUACAGUGAUAAUUAUUUAUUUAUCUAUUUUUUAUGUGAACCACUUUUCUAUCAAAAAUAUUUCUCCGAUUUUCAAGUGUAGCACUUUUUCUGAAAGUAAAUCGGUAUGAAAUGGUACUUUAAAGAGGUAAUUUUUCGAUUUUCACAGUAGUUUUCUCAAUAUAUUCAAAAAACCGGUAAAAAAAAACCGGGAAAAUGUACGAAUGUGCUGCAUUUUUUAAAAUUAACUUAUUAAUAUUCACGAAGAAAAUUUCGUUUAAAACUGAUCGAUUUCUAACCCAUUUCCCGUGGUCCGAUCGACUUGAAGUUAUGCAAGCAACCAUGUUUACAAUACAAUAAUUAAUAUCAUAUUUUCCGAACAAUUUCGUUUUUUUAAAUUAAAAUUAGAAUCAUAAUUUAUUUCAUGUUACUUUAGCAAUUGAUUUAUACACAUUUAUAAUAUGUAUUAAAAAACAAAAAUGAUGUAAUUUUGAGUUUGUUUUGUCCCACAAGAGGAAUACAAGUGGGAAACUAAGGGGGUUGAAAGAGCCUCCAUUUAGAUCGUAUAAGUACAUUUAAAAUGUAAUUUAUUCUAAAUCGGGUAAAUUACAAUUUGUAUUAAAAACACAUUUUAACAUCAUAGAAAAGUAGAUCUAACUAUUUAUUCCUAGAUCUGUCCCUACUCGUAUUUCAGAAAUCCUAGUUACGCUUAUGCGAUGUUGGGUAAUGGUAAUACUUUGUUAAUAUACCGUGUUCGGUUUAUUUGAAUGGAUAUAAUUAUAUAAAGUAUGCGCUAUUGUUAUAUUUUGAGUUUGCUCAAAUAGGUAGUAUGACAAUAAUUUUUAAUUAAGUCACCAGUACACGUCAUUCUAUAACGUGCAAGAUCGAUAAAAAACAUUUAAGUAUGUACCGUGUAACUAAGUAUAAUAAUAAUGUAUAAGCACGUAUUAAUCAAUAAUAAUUAGAAUAGUUUUGAAGACUUUGUAUUUACACGAUUAAUUUAAUUAAUUUACGGGUAUAUAAAUGAAGAAUGAGAUUAACCUAACCUAUAGGAAAUAAACUGCGUUAUUGUUAAUAACAGUUAUUUAUACUUAUUAUUAUAAAUUGUAUUUUUGUAUAUUUUAUUAUAAUAUAUUUAAAAUGUAUAUAGUUAGUAAAAUAUGCCAUAUUUUUUUUCCUGCAAAACUUUUUAUUACUGGUAUGAUUUAAAAAUGUUUUAAAAACAAACAGACAUAGUUCGCAGGAUUGGUGGGCCACUGUUGUAAUUGAGAAGUUGGAAAGGUAAAAAGGAAAUUGAAUGUAUAUCUGUUCGCAAAAAUGAAUCAUUGACAAUCAACGAAAAACCAUGCUGAGCGGAGUUCAGUUAUACCUAUCUAUAUAUGUUUUGAAAGGCAGUAAUAUUUACGAUUUGAAAGUAAUACAUUUUCUCGUUUUUCCCACGUUUUUUUUUUCCAUCUAUUAUGAAAUCCCUGGGAAAAUAAAAAAAAUACCUCCCUAAAGUACCACCCCAGUCAAAUUUCUUUUAAGAAAAAGUGCUCCCCUUGAAAAUUGAAGCAACAUUUUUGGAAAAAUUGUUCACAGAAAAAAAACAGUCAUCAAUUCAUUCCUCGUUCCGUUCAAAAUCUAAAAGCAAUAUUGCUUGUAUUUUAUGUACAUAAAUUUAUAGACAAAUUGUUUUUAAAUACAAAGCGGAGCAAGAGGUCUAUUAGUUUGAUCUUUAGGGUUUGUUGUUUUUUGUCUGUAAAUAAUUUUUCGAACAGAAAACUUGCUCAGAUAAAAACAUUAUAAGAGACCUUUUUUUGUUGUAUUUUUAAUCUAGUAAGUGAGUUUUACUUGGUGAAUCUGGCAGUUUUUAUUAUAACUGGGAAAAAACGAGAAAAAGACAAAAUUAAAACUGACAAAUUUUGAUGAAAAUCGUAAAUAUUACUGCCUUUCACGUCAUCUAUAAACGAACUUCGCUCUGAUUUUUUUUUUCUUUAGCAAUGGUUUAUUGUUGCUUAUAGGUAUAAAUUAAAUAACUAAAUUUAUCCUACCUUCCCAACUUCCAACCGACAACAAUGAUGCACUUAUCAGUAGUAUUAGCUCUUUUAUUAUUAUUUAUCAUCCCGUACGAAAGAGCGUGAGGAUAUUAUUGAAUGAAAAAAAAAUAAAUAUAUGUUUUCCCUUAACUUCUGUUUCCGCCCCAUGCUUAUUAUUAUAAUAAUUAGUUAUUAAUAAGUAAAGUUAGUAGAUUUGUGUCAGUUUGUGUCUAGACUAUUGUAGUUUCCCGUUAUUAUUUAGUGAGUAGUAUAAUCAUUUUCUAUAAAUUUAAAAAUGGAAGAUCGCCAUAAAGUAAAGCGAGUUUAUAUGAGUGGUACAGAAAAAAGUAAACUAGCAAAAGAAAAAGAGCGAAAAAUACCGAAAUAAUUUAAUAAUAAUGUAUUAUGUAUAUGAAAAGAAGUUCAGUUAAAUAAUUGUAAUAGUAUAUUUAGGUUUUAAUACCUACAUAAUUAAAAAUAAUUCCAAACUCUAUUUUGUUGAACUAAUUAUAAAUUUAACUUUAGUUGUAAUACUAAAUCUUAGGAGUAAAAUCAGUUCAAAUCAACGUGAUAUUCACAGUAAAUGGUUUACUUAAUGAACUUUAAGCACUGAGUGAUGUAAAUUAAUUUUAUUGUGAUAAUACAUACUGUAUAAUAUAUUACUUAUAUUUAACUAAGUCAUACAUUUCUGUAAAAUAUUUUUCGCUAUGCAUUAACUUCAAGAGUGGUUUCAAAGUAGAAAAUUUUAUCUUGUUAGUGCAAAGGGAAGGUCAUUUUGUUUUUUUCAUUUACCUUACUUUUCUUAACAAUAUGUGAAAACCAUAAAAGAACGUUAGCAUAUUAUUAUUUUAUAAUAUUAAUUUAUAAUUUUUAAAUUAUCCCGUUUUGAGUUAAUUUCACAAAAUAACCAGUUGAUAUAGUCCUCUUUUAUAUAAAUUGAUUAUGAUGAAGAUAAAAAAGAUAAGUAAAUCGAUCAAUAAAUCAUCAGUAUUUUAAUUUUUCAUACUCUUUUCUUAAUAUUGUACAUAUACUUUUAAUAGCAGUAAAUAUUCAAUAUUUUUGUAAAUUUCAAUACCUAUUAAUCAGUCAAUUUUUUUUUCGAUUCUUCAACUGGUUUAACAUUGAUUUGAAACCUUUUAUUUUUAUAUUUCUAGCCAGUCGACGCAUGCCACUGUUUUUGUUUUUAUUUGAAAUUAAUGUUUAUAGUUAUAUAAUAUUUUGACAUUUUGUAUUCAAUACUUACUCAUACAUUUCAGUAUUCAAAAUGAUAAGUACGUUAAUAAUGGUAUAAUAUUUAAACAGUCUAUUGAAAUAAUACAAAAAAUAUUUACUACAUAUUUAAAUAUUACGAGUGAGAAUUAUGUUAUCCAUAUAAAAUAAUCAGGCCCCCAAGUUAUCUGAAAAUGUCAUUUCCAGACGGCCACUCCGCACAUAUGUACCUAUUAUAUGUUAUAAUGCUGUAUUAAAAAGUAUCUUGUGAUUUUUAGAUUAAAUAAUUUUUUUCUGGUAGAAAAUGUCCGUGUUUUAUAAAAUAAUGAAAUCAUGAAAUUGUACAUUUUCCUACGUUUUUUCCCACUUAAGUUCUUUUAUUUAAAAAAUGGCGUCAAAAAUCAAAAAAUGGCCUCCUUAAACCACUUUACACCAAUUUCCUUUCAGAAAAAGUGCUACACUUAAAAAUCUAAGCAAGUGUGCUAAAAAAGUUGCGCAGAAAUAAAAAAAAAUAAUAAUAAACAUAUUUGUAAAACCAUAAACUUCUUCAGUUCACUAAUGGUCACUAAUGCGUCAAUAAUAUUUCAGCUUUUCUUUCGUUAUGUGUACAUAUUUUUAUUGUAUUUAUGAUCAAUUUUUAUUACUAUAUUAUUAUUAUAAUGAUAUUCUGUUUUUUCUUCAGUUCCGAAUAACACACAGUCUGAAAAGAAAGUGCACAGGGAUCUCGAGUUGAUUAUAUUUGUCAUGUUGGCGUUAAUAUUGAUCUUUUGGAAACGCCGAUGGUUCUACACAGAAUACCAGAAAUUGAAGAAAACAUUUGUAAAUGAUAAAUAUGCCCUAUGUAAGUUGUUCUUUUUUUCGGUAAUUUGUUUUAGUAAGGUAUAAUAAUAAAAUAUGUAUUUAUUUUUUACUAUAGAAAUUUAAUGAUAAUAAUAAUAAUAAUAAUACUUUCAGCGAAAAAGACCGUGCAUAAUGUUAUAGUGUUUUACGAUGAAGAGAACAAAGAGAGUGCUCAAUACUUGGUAAAAAACAUGGAAAAUCGUGACAAUUAUAUAACAAAGAAAUGCCACAUAGAAUUUGAUGAAGGUUACCAUUUUUUUUUUUAUAUGCAUUUUAAAUAAUAUUAUUAUUAUAACCUCGUCGCGUAUUUUUCUGCUGCAGAUUUCAUCAAAACCCACGUCGACUUAAUUAAAGGUUACGACUUCGCCAUUUAUCUAUUAUCCUCCGAAGAUAUAAUCGCAUCGUCCUUUAUGAAAAAAUCUACUCAAAAGUCUUUAUUUCAAGAUAACGCGUUGCCCAAGAAAUACAUAAUCGUGAGUAAUAAUCUGUCAUACCUAUAUUAUACCCAAAACUUUUUCUUAUUUGUAUGGUAUGUAUAUAGAAGGUGUCCCAUAAAGAUAUACCCAUUACAGUGUCUCCUGAAAUAAUUUUUUACUUCUUUUAAUCAAAUUCUGUUUUUAUUUUUCAAUAUUAUUCGCGGAAUAUAAGGACUACAAAUAUUUAUCUUUUAAUUAAAUGUUUAUGUUUUGGUAAAAGAAACUUUUUAUUUGAUUAUUUUCGAAAAAUUUGUAGAUAGCAAUGUUAUAGAGUUUAUUCUUUUGUAAAUUUUGACUUGCAAGUUUUUAUUUUCAUUAAAUUUCUGAUUUUUAAUUUUUUUUUAAAUUUUAGAGAAAAGUACCUACCUAUAUAGUUAUAAUUAUAUGCAGUAGGCUGUAAUAACAUUUUUUAAUUGUUUAUUAUAGCCAAUUGACUAUAUACUUUUUUUUCUCUGAACUUAAAAAAACCAUCCUCAAAUUUUUCGACAGAAUAAAAUAAAUUAGUGAUUUUUUUUUAGUUUUUUUAAUCAAAACAUAAAAAUUUAAUUCAAAUAAAAAUAUUUGUAGUUCUUAUCCCCACGAGUUUCAUGAAAAAAAAAAAACACAAAAUUGUAUUAUCUUUAUUAUCUCCGAAGAUAUUACAAUGGGUAUAUCUAUGUGAUACGCUCUGUAUAGGAGCGAGAAAGACGCAUCAUCUUAAAAUAGAUAUGAAAUCUAUUAUUAUCCUUCUUUAAACCUAAAUCUUAAACGGUAUAUUUGAUAUCAGUGUUAUGCAUACCGAAAUGAUUGGAAAAAUAUUUUUUUUCGCGAAUGUUUCGAAAACUCUUGGGUACCGUUUGAAAAUCAAAAGUUAAUACACGUUCAAAGUAUAAAGAUUAGGAGCCUAGGGUUAAUUGUUUGAAGAAUAAAGCUUAAACAAUUCCAUAAUGGCUAAAGAAAAAAAAAAUUAAAUCAUUGAUUCAUGAUAAAAGAAUAUCACUCUUUGUAUAAUAUAAAGUUUGAACUGUUUUAGCGUUCGUUUUGUAUACGUUAUAUUGUGUAAGUAACACAUUUUACGGUUAUAUCCGAAGGACCAUUAAUUUUAUAUAAUAUAAGUAAAUUGCCUAUAAUUUAUAAUAUAUAUAUAUAUAUAUAGGUUUAUCGUUAUAAGGUUAUUGCGGAAUAUCAUCGUAACCUUCAAGGUGAAAAUAUUUUUCUCCGAUUUCCCAUGCUGAAAACGGGUAAUCAGGGUUAUCGGAUUGAUAUUGAGAUGAAAAAAAAAUCGACCUCGACGAUACCUGUAAGAAGAAUCAUUGCCGGAUUUACAAAUAUAUAUAAUAUAUAUAUAUAUAUGUAUUAUUUAUGUCAUGGCUAAUGUUGGAAAUUGGAUAGUAUUCAAUUUUCUUUCAAUAGAUUCAAUUUUGUGCUGUUAAUUUUAAUAUUAGAUUGAAUUGGCCUAUUGUCAAACUCAAAGGUAAGAAUGAUAUCUGCGGUGGUUUUUGGACGUUUUAAUUUUCAAGCGAGACACGACCAUGUGAAAUAUUACAAUUAAAAACUAUUCGUAUUUUGCUUAUAAAUAUUAAAAUAUCUAGAAAAAAAAUACGUACUGAUAUAGAUAAUGUCCAUAUACCUUUAAAACUAAUAAUGGGUAGAUUAACUCUAAUUUCAAAACGAAAAGCCCAAAAUUAAUACUACUGAACGAAAAUUUGACAUUGGCUGUCACGAAUAAAACACAUAAAGAGUGCCCCUCGAUUAUAUUAUACCAAUUGUGAUAUCUCAAAAAGUAUUAAGUUUUUUUCAGAAUUUUUUUUUCAAAAAUUUAAAAAACAAACAGCUCUAAAAUGUUACAUUACCGUUAUAUUUUGUCAACCUUAUUUUUAAGGUUAAAACGUGUAUACUUUUGAUUUUCAAAUGGCGACCUAUAUUAAAAAUUCCAUAAAUAUAUGAAUUAUUAGUUUAAAUUUAAAUUACACUUUGAUGUUGAAAUGUAUUUAACCUAAUACUACCAUGUAUUUAUGGACUGACUUAGUAUUAUAGAUUUCAUUCUAAAAUCAAAAUUACAUAGUUGUUUCGUCCCUAAAAAUAAUGGCGAUAUCCUAUUUUACCGUUGCUGAAUCUUAGUCCGUUCGAAAUAUCUCGUGAUGGUACCGUUUGAGUGAAACACGUCCGUACAUUGUUAUACUGACAAUUCGCGGUAAAAUAAUCGCCCUGUAAUCUCUGUAUAUUUAAUAAUUUAUUGUCUGGUAUUAUCAAAAUGUUACUGGCGUGUGUUUCAGAACUGCGGCAAUAUGCCCGUGACGCCGACCAGGUCGUGGUGCGACAGGGUAUUGGAGGAUCUGAGCACCGAGGACAACAAACGGAACGACAAGACGACGGCGAACAAGAGAUUAAUCAGAAUCGUCUAG